UCCACUGAGUCAUUUCAUUUCAUUCUAUCCUUCCGACUUCCGAGUCGAUCCAUCUGCGUAACCAAAUUUAUUCCCGACCUCUGUCUUUCUAUAAAAAUCUCUUCCUUUCCUUUCUUCUUCUUUGUAAUCCGAGUCUCCCUUCUUCUCUUCGCGUCUCAUCGCAGAGCAGAUAGUGACGAUAACGUCUACUUCAGGGUGGAGUUUUUUCUGAGAAAUCGACUUUUACGCGCUUCAGUGCCAGUGAUUCGUCUAACAUUGAACUUUGAAGCAACAGUAGGUGUUGCUCUGCAGAGUAAGAAUUUUGAGUAUGAGGAAGAGCGUCUCUGAGAGGGAUAGUUCGGAGACAUAGUGUUUGAAAUUUACAAGCAAGUUCUAGCUUCAGCCGGAGCUUUAAACUACUACUACUACCUGAAUCUUGCUUGGUUUGGUUUCUCCAUCGAGGUGUGGAGAACAUGGCUUUUCCCCUAGGCUCUCUUUUGACGAAGUUGGAGAUGGUGAACGCAUCUGAUUACACCUCUGUGGUUUCGAUGAAUAUUUUUGUUGCGCUCCUUUGUGCUUGUAUUGUGAUCGGUCAUCUACUGGAGGAGAAUCGAUGGAUGAAUGAAUCGAUUACUGCUCUAAUAAUUGGUCUUUGUACAGGAGUCGUCAUUCUACUAUUUUCUGGGGGAAAAAGCUCGCAUAUUUUAGUCUUUAGUGAAGAUCUCUUUUUUAUAUACCUUCUUCCUCCAAUUAUCUUUAAUGCUGGGUUCCAGGUGAAAAAGAAGCAAUUUUUUCGCAACUUCAUGACAAUCAUGCUGUUUGGUGCUGUUGGUACUUUGAUUUCCUUUGUCAUCAUCUCAUUAGGUGCCAGAGAACUGUUUAAAAUGCUGGAUAUAGGUUCCCUUGAUAUAGGGGAUUAUCUUGCAAUUGGAGCAAUCUUUUCUGCGACCGACUCUGUUUGCACCUUGCAGGUGCUCAAUCAGGAUGAGACGCCUUUACUCUAUAGUUUAGUAUUUGGGGAAGGUGUUGUUAAUGAUGCCACAUCAGUGGUACUCUUUAAUGCAAUUCAGAGCUUUGAUCUCUCGCACAUCAACUCCAGCAUUGCUUUGCAGUUUGUUGGCAGUUUCCUUUAUUUAUUUCUGACAAGCACCAUACUAGGAGUAAUUGCUGGAUUGCUGAGUGCAUUCAUUAUCAAAAAGUUGUACUUUGGAAGGCAUUCUACUGAUCGUGAAGUUGCACUUAUGAUACUCAUGGCCUACCUAUCUUAUAUGUUGGCUGAGCUGUUCUAUUUAAGUGGUAUCCUCACUGUAUUCUUCUGUGGUAUUGUCAUGUCCCACUAUACUUGGCAUAAUGUGACUGAGAGUUCAAGAGUCACCACCAAGCAUGCCUUUGCGACAUUGUCAUUUAUUGCUGAGAUAUUUAUCUUUCUUUAUGUCGGUAUGGAUGCACUGGACAUCGAGAAGUGGAGGUCUGUAAGCAAUAGUCCUGGAAAAUCAGUUGGAGUGAGUUCAAUACUCCUGGGCUUGGUUCUGGUUGGAAGAGCAGCUUUUGUCUUCCCGUUGUCAUUUUUAUCCAACUUAUCUAAGAAGUCUCCUCAUGAAAAAAUUCACAUCAAGCAGCAAAUCACAAUAUGGUGGGCUGGUCUCAUGAGGGGGGCAGUAUCUAUGGCACUUGCUUAUAAUCAGUUUACUCGGUCGGGCCAUACUCAAUUGCGCGAGAAUGCCAUCAUGAUCACCAGCACCAUAACAGUUGUUCUUUUCAGUAUGGUGGUUUUUGGGUUGUUGACUAAACCUCUAAUCAGGCUCCUGCUGCCUUCAAAACCCUUGAGCAGCAUUCUGUCCUCCGAGCCAUCGAGUCCGAAAUCCUUCAUCACCCCACUUCUUCAGAAUGGGCAACAUGAUUCUGAAGUUGGUGGACAUUAUAUCCCGCGCCCAACCAGCUUACGCAUGCUUCUAGCCACCCCAUCAAAGAGUGUCCACUAUUAUUGGCGUAAAUUCGAUAAUGGCUUUAUGCGUCCUGUGUUUGGUGGCCGAGGAUUUGUACCCUUUGUCCCUGGCUCACCAACUGAACGGAAUAUCCAACAAUGGCAAUGAGAAGAAAAUUGAGGAAGACAAGGUAAUCAAUGAAUCUCCUCAGAAGACCAAACCAUUUCUGUUCAUGUCCUGUCCGCUGUGCAAUGUUUGUGUGUUUAAGAUUAUAUAUGUGUGGUAGUGCUUCGAGUCUGGGGGGUUUUUGUUCUUCCUGGGCUAGUUGUAAAUAUUCUUUCUUCUUUUGCAUGAUCGACCUGUUUAUGUAGUGGUUGUCCAGUAUAUCCUUACCACUUCCAUUUCGUACUAAUAUUUUUGUAAGAUAUGAGUGGUGUAAACUUUCCUUCCUAUCAAACGGGUUUUAUAUAUUUUAUCA